AUGAGCACAGAGUUUGGAAGUCACCUUGGCUCGGAAAAAGGUGCUUGUUAUCGUAAAAGGCGUCUAUCAAAAAUACCUGCCCCCGUUAUUAUUCCUCCUCCUCCUUCACCGACCGUGACUGUUUCUUCUCCUGUUAGUCCUUCAAGUGAUUCCUUUUUAGAAUUACAAUCCCCACGUACUCCUCAAAGUCCCACAAAGAGAUUUGUUCUCAGACCUAUCACGGCUCUUACUGCUGCUUUUCAAAGAACUAGUAUUACCGCCCGUAAUAAGUCUACUUUAUUAAAAUUCCAAAAAUCUUCAAAUAAUUCCCCAAAAGCCUCAAAACCUACUUCUCCAAAACCCUCUCCACAAUCUCCUAAACCUCCAAAAUCUCCAAAAUUAUUACAUCGAAAAGGAAGUAGUGGGUCGAUCCGUAAACGCUCUGAGAGUCCUACCGGUUCUACCGCUAAUACUCCUUUUCUUGUUCCUAAUGCUUCUCAACCUUCUCCAAGUUCUACAAAACCUUCUUUUCUUUUCGGUAAAUCUCCUUUCUCGUUAUCAAUAAACUCUCCUUCCCAAUCUUCAAAACCUCCUUCAAGAUUAGGAAAAUUCAAUAUUAGACAUCCAAAAUCUUCAAAUUGUAGAAAAGCUUUACCAAUUUCCCCUGCUGAAUUGGCUGAAAGAUUAAGAGAUUCCUCGUCGCGUAACUCAAAAAUUGAUGAUGAAUGCUCUCAAUAUUUUGAUGAUUGUAAUAAAUCUUUUUCUUGUAAAUCUUCUAAACCUAUUCUCAUCGAUGUGCGUAAUUUAUCUUUGUACCAAGAACAACACAUUCACGAUUCUUUCAACGUGAAUCUUCCUACCCUUCUUAUUAAACGUUAUCGUCGUGGAAAUAUGAGCAACUUUUCUCUGGUUUCUUUCAUAACAACUCCUGAAGGACGUGAUAGAUAUAUCGAUAAAGUUCAAGAUACUACAAAAUUUAAUCAUGAUGUAAUAAUCUUUGAUGAGUCAAUGGAUGAAAAUGACAAAGUUAGUCCCGGUUGGACCUUAUUAGGAGUUUUGGAACGCGCUAUGUUAAAUUAUCAUUAUAAUUCUUCCUCUGAGAACAUUGAUCAGACUAAUGAUGCUCCUAAAGGACGCGUUUAUUGGCUUCGUGGUGGUUUUGAAGCUUUUCGUUCAUGGGAUCAACGUGGGGAAUUCUUAGUCACGGGUCCUGAUGUUGGUGCUUUUUCCGUUAAUGAUAAUUCUAUCCAUAAUUCUUCUUUAAUGGAUCUUGAAGGUCAAGAACAACCACAAGGUGGUGCUGGUUUGGUUCGUAGAGAUUCUUUGUUUUCCGUGAAUACUGAACAAAACUCGUUAAGGAGAAAAUUAAGUGAUAAACGGCAAGAGUCUCAAAUUGAAGAAAAUAAUCAACCAACUGAAAUUUCAAAAGAUACUGAUGCUCUGAAAAGAAGACGUCCUUCUAAUGGUGAACCUUUAUAUUUGGGUAAUAAUUAUCCUAAUAAUGGUGAUAAUUAUCCUAAUGGUAAUAAUCAAUUGAGAGCGGUAAACACAGAUUUUGAUGAUAAUAAUUCUCCAAAUACCUCACCACCGGUUACACAUCCUGAAAUUGCUUUCGUGGUUUCGACCAUUAUUCCAAAUUUUCUUUACCUUGGUCCGGAAAUUUCCAAACAGGAAGAAGUGGAGGAAUUAGAAUCAAAAGGCAUUAAACGAAUUUUGAAUAUGGCUUUCGAAUGUUCCGAUACUUUGGGUUUAAAUGAAAAAUUUGAUCAAUACCUCAAGUUAGAUGUUAAGGAUUCUGUUGAAGAAGACGCUGGAAAAUCACGUUCUGUGACUGCCGUUUUGGCCUUCCUCAUCGAAUCACGUCAUUGGACCUUAAAUCGAGCAUAUGAUUACGUAAUGGAUCGUAGAAGUGGUAUUUGUCCGAACAUUGGAUUUGUAGCUGAAUUAAUGAAAGUCGAAGAAGGUGUUCUUGGCAUAAAAAGGAAUAACUGUUCGAAUCCAGAAUUUGAUAUUCGAAAACGAGAAAUGAUAGAUAUGGAAGGCGUCGAACCAUUAAAAACUUCUGCAUCUCUUUCUUGA